AUGGCUUUUUUCUCAUCACCAAUAAUUGCUCGCAUCGAUUCUGCCUUAGAUGAUUUGGAGUUGCUGGUGAAAGCCCGUGGACAUGAUCCUGAUGAGGGUUUUGAAGUUAAGAAACUGAGAAUGAUGUUAAGGAUUCUCAAAAUGUUUGUUCUUUGUUCCAGGAAGUUGGGAAAAGAUGGGAAAUUGGCAUCUUUCCUGUUAAAGCGAUCAAGUUCUCUUCUGGCGCAUCAAGUCUUGGAAAUCAUUAGCACUUCUACUCAGACCUUAGUAGAUUUUUGGUCUUUCAGCUCGAGGCGUUAUUAUGUUCCAGUUUUAGAAGAAGCAAUGGGAAGCUUGGAAGAAAAGAUGAUGUUCUUGGAAAACACCAUGAGAGUAGCUAAAAUGUGGAAGAGAAUGCAGUUUGACAUUUCGACCUUGGUUCAAAAGAUCAACCCUGUUGAUCAACAGACUCACAUAGAAGAAGUAGAGGUUGGACUUGAUGAUUUACUAAUAACAUUGAAGAGUUUCAUUGCAGACCAUGGAGAGAAAGAUCCACAUGUACCAGUAUUUAACUUUCCUAGGACUAAUCAGUUGGGAUUUGUCGAAUUUAUAUUGGAAAAACUGAUGCAGUUAACUAGUAGCGAAGCUGAAUUGACUGUCAAGAUUUGUCUUCAAACUAUUCAAGAAGAACUUGUCUUCUUAAGAUCUGUCUUGGGAGACAUUGUGGAGUUGCGCAGUAUGCACAAAGAACUCCAAGCUCUCUGGGAUGGUGUACUAGAGGAAGCAUACAGGAUAGAGUGUCUCAUGGACAACCUAUUGGUUGGUCAUCUUCCAAAUUCUUUUUCAAUACCAUUUGAUUCAAUCAUGAAAGACAUUGGGAACAUUAAGGACAAUGUGAUGAAGACUUCUCAUGAAAGGUUUCAAGGAAUCAAAGAUAAGGAAGUGUCUAGGGCUUAUACUCAGGUGUCAUCACAAAGAACUCUCUCAUUAUCAAAAGAGGUUGUAGGUUUGGUUGAUGAGGCGAAAUUCAUUAUGGAUAGACUAAUGAGGGGCCAAAAGAAGUUGCGAAUAGUUGCCAUUGUGGGUAUGCCGGGAGUAGGUAAGACCACUUUAGCUACUAAAGUUUACAAUGCGCCUGCUAUUUCGCAUCGUUUUCCUGUUCGUGCAUGGUGUAGUAUUUCGCAAGUUCUAGAGAAAAAGAAAGUGUUGAUUGAGCUCUUAAAUCAGAUUGAUCCCAAGAUGACCUAUUAUGAAAUAGAUGAACAUGAUUUAGCAGACAAACUGAGACGUAGAUUAAAAAGAAGGAGAUAUCUCAUUUUAGUUAUUUUGACAAGUCGCCAUCAUGAUGUUCCUCCUCGGUAUAUGCUCGACCAAGAACCUCUUAUUCUUAGUCAACUUUCUAAAGAGGCAAGUUUGGAGUUACUUGAGAGGAAACUAUUUGCUGGAACUGGUUGGCCUUUUGAAUUAAGUGAUCUCAAAAAUCAAAUUGUUGAAAUCUGCAAGGGAUCACCUUUGGCAAUCGUCAUUGUGGCUGGACUUCUUGCAAGCACAAAGGCAGAGGAUUGGAUGAAAAUUCUGGACAGUUUGAACUCAAGCUUAGCAUCAAUUACUAAACAUUGCAUGAAGACGCUGGAGCUAAAAACCGAAAGAGGAACACUUUUUUCAUUUCCUGAAGGGUCAGAUGAGCUGUUAGCAUUUGAUGAGCCUCACAACUCAAGAAGGUUAUGCAUUAACUCUGUGACAAGGGAUUUCAAAGAGUCGAAAUUAUUCUGUCCUCGUGCACGUUCUCUACUUUUCAACUCAUCUCAUGACACAGUGAGGCUCCACAAAGGAACACAGUUGGUUGAUGUCUCGUUCGUGAUUCACAUCUUCAAACUUCUCAGAGUGUUGGAUCUAGAACAAAUUCGUUCGCGUAAUGAGUUUCCAAGAGAAAUAGAACUGAUUCUUCAGUUAGCCUUCUUGGCGAUUCGAGGAAAGUUCAGGCAGAUCCCAUCAUCAAUAGCUAAGCUCUCAAAUUUGGAGACCCUUAUUAUUGAUCCAUGUGCUGACAUUGUUUCAUUCCUAGCUAAUCUCUGGAGUCUGCAAAAAUUAAAGUAUCUUUACAUAAGAACUUACGGUAGUUUUGACGGGGGUAGCCUACCCACAGAAUGUCUUCAUAGCACAUCUGCUUUACAUGAGCUAACUAGGUUAUCUGGUGCAAUUAUUCCUCACUGGAGCAGUAUGGAAAGACUGAUGAGAAAGUUCCCAAACAUUCGUAAUUGGAAAUGCCCACUUUUCGAACAUAAAGAUGACUUAGAAAAUCUUGACAGGAUUGUAUUUCCUGACUUUUUGAGUCAACUUGAAUCACUGCAUGUAUUACGAGAGAUUCGUGUACCUUCAUCCUGGAAGUUUGAGCUCAGUUUGCCUGCUACAUUGAAGAAAUUGACAUUAUCAGAAUUUUAUUUGUCGUGGAAGAAUUUUUCAGCCACUGCUAAAUUGCCAAACCUUGAUGUCCUCAAAUUACUUCAAGUAUCCUUUGAAACAGAAACAUGGGAAGUAAAUGAGGGGGAAUUCUUAAAACUCAGAAUCUUGACAUUGUUUUGUUGGGACCUUGUCAGCUAG